CUCGUGGGAGGAAGAUGCGAUGCUGUUACCCGAGGUCACUUGUUCGAUUUGUAGUGGGAGAAGAACUGUAGAUGUCCGCGCAGCGCUUUUCUCAGCGGCUGACAAGACACAUCUUUGAAAACACGCACUGUUGUACAAUUCGAUUAUGGACACAAUGCAUCUACUCCGAAAUCAUGAUCAGUUGAAGUCGAAUUAAUCUGCAGGGAAUAAACGCGGCGCAGGCGGUUCAGAAUCGACAUCCGUUCAUCUCCAACUUUUUUCCUCAUCGCGUCGCAAACAAAUCUUCAACUUCAACUUCAACUUCGAUUCUUCCGCAACGUGAAGCUCGCGGUCUACAGAGGAAAGGGUCACACCCCAUACACCUAGUUCCGCCCAUUGGGGCAUCUCUCCAGUCAUGGACACCAAGUCCGUGAUCUCGCUGGUCGACCAGCUAGAAGACAACAUCGACGACCUGGAGGAAAACCUACAGCCCUUGAUCGAAGGGGCACUAGCGACCACUGCAAAGAGACUUCCACUACUAGACAGGGCCAAACUGAACGUCCUACUCGUAUACUCUAUCGAGUCAUUAAUAUUCUCCUACCUCAAAUUACAAGGCGUCGACGCCAAAGAUCAUGCCGUCUUCCGCGAACUGACAAGGGUAAAACAAUACUUUGAAAAAAUCAAGGAAGCAGAAACCGGUCCGGAAACCGAAACCCGCCCGAAAGCUACUUUGGACAAGGAGGCCGCGGGGAGAUUCAUCAAGCAUGCAUUGGCGGGCAACGAGAAAUAUGACCUCGAACGCGCCGAACGAGAGGCACGAGAGAGAGCGCUGGCGAACAAGAAGUUGAGAACUCUAGAGGGGAAUAUGAAGGCAAAAGCGGAAUCAAAAGCAAAAGUCAAGAACAAUGAUGCCGAACAAGAAGAUGCAACUGCUGCCCUACGGCAAGCGGCUCAGUUGGCAGCAUCUGUACAACAGAAGUCCGACUCCUCAGACAACGAUUCGUCUUCGAGCGAUGAAAGCGAGGACGAGCAUGAGGGAGUCGCUGUAUUCGCAACCACAUCUGAUAACGCCGCACAAUCCGAGUGCUCCCCGUCUAGACCGGUCCCUGCCGCCCAGUCGAAGAAGGCGAAAUCCAAAACGAAAUCCCCCCCUUCACCCCUAGACGCCGCCUCUACCCCGGGAGCACAGCCGCAAGUACAGUCACAACAGGCACAAAAGAAAAAGAAACGCAAGGCCAAGCAGCCUACUCCAGAAGAGCAAGCAGCCAAACGCCAGAAGAAGCAAGAGAAAAAGCAGAAGAAGAAGGCCGCCAAGGCGGCGCAGUCCAAUAAACAAUCCAAAAAGAAAGCGAAGAACGAUGCCGCGGCUGGAUGAGUCUGGAAUAUUGAUCAGUAUGGUUUUGGAAACAAAUAUAUUUCAACAACUUGCAUCAACCUGAAGACGCUCUUCUGCCGCUCAGGCUGUUGACAGCAACUGAGCGGCGCGGGGCGAACAGGAUCACCAAGGGCGUACCAAUUGUAUGCACAUCAACAUAAGGUAGCCUGCUCAACGAGUACGUUGGCCACAGGGCCAGGCAAACUAUGGCGUGGAGCGGCCGGAGCCUUCGCCGCAUCUUGCAAUUCUAUUGCAGGAACUCCAAAACGCCUUCGCACCAGGCGAUGGAGAGCAGACCAACUCGACCCCCACUACUGCGUUCACUGCAUCCAUUAUUGGAAGGUGAAAAGGUGUUAUCUGUUAGGAUCCUGGUGGUAUCUUGCUUUGGGACACCAUUACACCGCUCUGAUUGCCUGUACAAGCCAGCCAUCAAGCAUCAGGCAGAGAGAGGUCCAGGCAGCACGAUCACACCGCAUAUAUUAUCGAUGUGAGGGUCAUAUACAAAUUCACCAAUGGUACUUUAGGUACCUACAUAGGUAAACAAGAAGCAGGGCACAUCUACUGGUAUGCGACAGAAUAAAGUGCCAUUCUACAGCUCAGAUAGCACAUAGUAUCAUUAGCUGUGAUUUCACGGAGGACUUGUCCUAUUUCAACGGGGCCUGGGGCCUCAUCAGACUAUAUACUUUCUAGGGGUUAUACGAUAGCGUACGACGCUAGUCAAGACCGAAAGACGAUCCUCGAUAUCUUUAUAAUACUUAGUACGUAGAGUAUCUAUUUUAUUAUAUCCUCCUCUA